AUGGUAACCUUCAACUUCGCCUACACCGCCCCCAUCAACCCGCCAGGCGCCAGCCCCGUGCUCACCCCCGCCCAAGUCUGGACCGGGCUACAAUACAAGGUCCGCCGCGCCGAGAAAUUCGUGCCCGUCAUCACCGCGUGCGAAGUGAUCUCGGAAGAACUCCCCGCCUCACGCGCCGACGGCCAGCACGUCAUCACGCGGCGGGCGACCUUUGCCGAGGGCGCGGGCCCCAAGGGCGGCGGUACCAUCGUGGAGGUGUGUCGGCUGUACGCGCCGUGUCGGAUCGAUUUUGGGCAGGAGGAUGGGACGACGGUGGGGAAUUAUGUGAGUGUGGGACUCGCGGGGGAGUUGAUGAUGACGUAUGUGUUUGAGUGGAGGGUGGAGGGGGUGGUGGAGGGGAGUGAGAGGGCGAGGGAGUUGGAGGGGGGGUAUGUGAAGAUGGCCAAGAUGGCGGUUGAGGGCAGCAUCGACACGAUCCGGAAGAUUGUCAAAGGGGAGAUUGCUAUGGACUGA